UACUUUACCACUUUACCAUUUAACAUUAUACGGGUUACGGUUACGGGUUUUUAAUUUUAAAUCCUUGUCGGUCUUCUUGUCGAGUUAACGUGGUGUGGUCAAUGGUGUAGGUUGCAUGGUUUACAAGACAGGUGUUCGUGAAUGAAACCCCAAGUGAUAAUGCGUUAAAUAGCUAAAGUGAAUAUGGUUUUUGUGAAUUUGUAUUUGUUUAAUAACUUUGGAUCAGUUGUGUCAACAAUCUCAAUUUCUAAACUCAGUCCAGUUACAAAAUAUUCAACAAAUUUUUCUUGACGGUAUUUAAUAUGAAAAGAUUGAAAAAUAACUCAUCGAUUGUCAAUUGUCGCUUGGACAUUCGGUUUUGUUGUUCAAAACAACAAAAUCAUUGAAAAGAAUCGGACGAGUCCAGCACGUCCGAUGGGGCAAUGUAUGUCUCGUAAGGCCGCAGGGGCCUUUGCAGCAUCGGCAGCGGUGUCCCAAAAUCGGCCGACAAAAAUUCAGAAACAUCAGAAAUUUCAGAGUCCUGACGACGACAACAAGCCUCGCUCAUUGCUGAUAACGCAGGACAGCAAUAAGCAGCACCAACAGCGUUUCGUUCAAACCACAACCAACGUCGGGACGGCAGCUACCACCAAGGGCGUCGCAAUGUCUUUCGGCUUCAAGCGUCGACAAACUGCACCAUCUAUCGCAGCAAAUGCUACCGCUGCACGAAGGCUGGCAAAUAACCAAGGUUCCAUUGAUGGAACCACUACCACCGAGAGUAUUGAUAGGAAUGGUAACGAUUCUAGGGAUACGGACGCUUUAACGUCAAAUGCGGCACCCACUGGGAGAUCCACUCCAAGGUUGCUGCCGCCUAAGAAGGAGGCUAACGCCACAAAGGUGUCCAGAUUUGGUUUUAGGCAUACUCAGACCUCUAGGUUGAACAAAGUUGCAGACGUGAAUAAUGCUGGCGACAUAACAAAUCAAAACAAGAACAAUAAUUUUGUAAAGAAGCCGAUCGCGUUAGCUAGAACGGUUGUACCUACGGACAAUAACAACAGAAACAGAAUGUACAGAGUAGAUCCACCGCCACCACAGAUUGGCAAAUUCACCCUACAAUCAACACAGUUACCUAGACCCGAACCAAUCAGAGUCAUAGAAACAAAGUCAGCUAAAACGGUGGCGAACAACAAUAGAAGAGUAGCCGGAAUGUAUCAACAGCAUCCAGAAGAAACUUCUUCCAAAGAUGGGUCUCUUACUGAAGAUUCGGGAGUGGGAAGCCAUUUUAGUAGUUAUGUAGGAGAAACCGAUGUAGUACUUAGAGGAUAUGACCAUUUAGACUCAUCACCGACGUUUGGAGCCCGACGAAGAAAAAACAGCCAUCAUAAACCUCGAAAUUUAGAAGUAGUAGUUACCGGUACUAACACGUUCGAUGUCAGAGACUUGGAAGACUCGAAUGACAGCUGUGACAGUGUUUCAGCUCCGCCAUUGCCGCAGUUACCCAGCGCCUUCCAUUCCACACCUGAACAUAAGAAUAAUUCAUAUCACCCAUCUGGUUUAGUUAGAGACCGUACAGUAGAAUACCAACGCAAUCUUGAUAGAAACAAUCGCCUAAGGAAGAUAUCAAAAACGUCGUCGGAAGGAUUCAGCGACGAUUAUGGAGAGGAAGAAAAGACUUACAGAGAUCUGUUUAGAAGCGAGAAAACCUUCAUCAGACCAUCGGGUCCUCAACCGAACUUUUUCAAAUCGAGGACAACUCAGCUCAGAGAUGAUUCCAGUCCGCCUAGUUCCGACGAGCAAGAAUGGUUACACGGUGGAGAAGCCAUGGCAGACGACGUCAGUUUUUCGCUUAGUUCUAGCGAUGAAAGUAAAGAUAAGAAUCAUGAAGUCGCGCCUGUACAAAUGCCAAUCUCUGCAACGGUUAUAAACGCGAGCUUGCACAGUCUAAUGAAUAGUUCCUUAUCCAAAGCCUUUGCCACGAGCACUAAGAACGUGAUGUUGACCAUUGAGGAUCCAAAAUUUGCCGCUGUUGCCAGCAAUACAGGAACUCUUUUGGAUGACGAAACAUUGCUUUCUCCCGUUGAUAGUGUAAUGAGUUUUUCUGAGUCAGAAGAACUCCGGCGGAAAUUAAACCGAAGUUCAUCUAACUCAAAGGAUAUUAACGAAAAGUUGACACCACCUAGUCCUGGCACUCCUACAAAUGCAUCAAAUUCUUUAUCUAUCUCAGAUGACAAUGAUAAUUUGAAUAAUAGUGGAAAAGAUGAUUUCCUCAUAGACGAUGAAAUAGCAGACCAACCCGCUCUGAUGUUUGAAGAUCGAACUCAUCCACUAAAUAAUGAUAUUAGUUCGGAAACUCUAAUGGAUUCUACUCCAAAGUCUAGACGAAGAAUACCGUCAGGAGUGGAAAAUAGCCCGCUAAGUACCAAAAACAAAAAGUUUUCCAUUAACAGAACUGGAUCUCUAGACACACUGAGUCCGUGUGAGAGUAUCGCCAGUGAUGAUCUGAUGAUGGAUUUCGGGUAUAGCCAGAGUAGUGGAUUGGAUGAUUGUGAAACACAUAGCAGUGGAUAUCCAUCUUUAAAUGAAACUCUUACACCACAAAGACAGGAAACGUCAGACAUUUACAAGGAGCUGAGGGAGUGGAAUUCAGAGAAUCAUACGCCACACAGAGGAACAGAAAAGCACAAGAAAAGCACCACUGCUUCGAGAACUCGCCUACUAUCAUCGCGGGUCAGCACUCCCAACUCCACCGUAGACUCUCCGAAGACUUUAGGACGCGUUUCACGUCCUUCGGCAACCAGCAGUCCAGUCCGUUAUAACAGAGUCGCCAAUCUUUCGUCUGCAUGUGGCUACGAUUCGGAUGACAGUAUCCGUCUCGAUCGCGCCAGUCAUACGGCCGUCAAGCAGGACAUCGUAGGAAUCAAGACUAUGUUGUUAAAGCUUAGACGAGUUCUUAAUGAGACAGUAGAAGAGGAAUUGUUGAGGUCAGAAACUCACAACCCAUUUGAAAGUCAGCACUUGACGAAUGGGAUCUUCAACAGUCUGUGUCCCGACAAUGACGUGAGCGAUGACGGCAGCGGCCAAAACGAAGCGAAAGUGAUAUCAGAACUGGCUGAGCUACGGAGGCAAGUGCUAUUCCUGCAAGGCCAACUGGAGGAUAGGGAGAAGACGGUGCAAAAUCUUCAAGAACAGAUGGUACGGCUCGCAGAAGACAACUACCACGCCAAUUCCGCACCAGCUUCCACCACGUGCGAAAGUUCCACGUGUAACGCAGCUACACAAACAGAAAGGAUGCGACCAAUCUCCGCAGGCCCCUCCCUUCUAGGUGGAUCACCAGUUGAUGGUAGUGCAGGUUCUCUAGUCAGUGUGACUGAAUUUCUAUCUCCAACAUCGCCCAGGACCGCAAGGAAGUCGCGCCCUCCAUCAGUAACGCCACCAGGGACGAGUGACUCGACGCCCUCGAAGAAGAUUCCUUCGAGGUUGUGGAGGCAACCAGGGGAGCCGCCCUCCCCUCAACGUUACGCCUUUAUUUCUAGUUCUACUUCUUCUAUCCCAAGGCGGGCCCAUAGUCGUACUAGAACGCCUGCUUCCACAUCGUGAUAUUCUUUCUUGAAUUUUUUUUUUCAAUUUUUAGAUUCGAUUUUUAGGUGUAUUGUGGAAAGUGGUAACGAUGUAGUACUUUGAAGAUAUGAACCAAAUGAUUAAGUCUACAAAUAAUUUAUGACUGAGGCAGUUAGAAAAAGGCCUUUCAUGUAGUUAAACAAUCAGACCAAUAUAUUAGAUUCAAUGGAUAUAAUAAUUUAGUUGCAACGUCGCAAUAAAAAAUAUAAUUAAUAGCAAAAGAAUUAUUGUGCAAAUUAUUUUGUAGAAAUAUAACAAAUAUAUACAGGGAGUAGUAUUAAAUAACGAGACUGACGUUGUAAAGCAUUUUACUUUGAUCCCAUAUUAUCCUCUUCAAUAUUUACCCCUAUCCUAUCCUAUAACGUUUGUUGCAAAUCUUCCAUUAUUCGAAAUAGUGAGGGAGGUAGUUCUUUAAAAGCGUGUGCCGUUUUCUCUUUCAUAGCUUCAAAUCUUGUUCUAUUGUGCAGAUUUUACCUUGGAAAACAACAAAUAAAAAUUGCACAGCGCAAGAUCCAACGAAUAAACCAUCUGUUUCAAUUAUGGAAUUCUAUACUGAUCUAGAAACUUCGUGACAGAGAAUUCAAAAUUUGCUCACCUUUUCGCGUGUUUAAAUUAUUAUAUAAAAUAAUUUUAUCAAUUGAUACAAUUUGUAACGGCUAGAUACAAAUUGGUAACUUGUAUUUAUUCAUUUAAUGUUCCAUUUUAGCUCGGGCUUUGUGGCGGGUAGUUCUUUUAGGACAAGAUACUCAGUAAAACACAGGUUACAAUAAAAUAAAUAUAUAAAGGAUAUUUAUAUACAGCUCAAAAUUAAAAAUAACAAAAUAAAAUAUCAUUCUAUUUUCGCCCCGUUCCCGAACAAGCUCCCUAAAUAAAAUUGUAUUUAUAACUAUCAUCAGAAAUAUAAUAACAACACAGUUUAUAUAAUAGCAAUCGCGCUAUAAGGAAUCAAUCUAUCUUCAUAAUUAGACACUCAGACUCGUAGUCUCCAAUCAAACAUCGACACACAGUUACCCAUCAGCCAGCUCUGGGCAGAGGUGGCGGCUACCGCUCACUGCGGUUACAGCUCCGACGGAACGCCUCCUCACUACAGAGCGUGUCCACCUCGGCAGGUUCCAAUUCACUUCAUUGCAUAUCUGCCGUUUGAGUUCUUCCCGGUUCAGUACGCCGCGAGUAACUGAUUUCAUGGUUCUCCUUGCUCGUCUUAAAUACACUCUCGGUAGCCAUCACUCCUUGGUUUCGCCGAUAUGGAAACGCGUUCGAUCCUCUGCUAUUGAUCUGCCGAACGCCGGGCAGCAGGCGUCAUAUCGCUACAAUAUUGUUAUCCGUUUUUGGCGUGGAAGGACGACGGUAGGACAAAGAGCGACGUUGCAGCGUCAGUUAUUUAAUAUUGACAUCUCAUAAAUAUAUUUUCUUACUUGGAAACAUUUUUUUAGUUCAGUGUAUUGAAAAUAUGUUCUCUGUGCUCCCAACAACAAUAUACAUAUAGUAGGUAUUUAUAUUACAUACUAGACCGAUGCCGCUGGCAAUACGUAGAACAUUGCCGUCAAUAUUUUCAUUGCCAAAAAAAGGGUUUCAAUAGAACUAAAACAAAAUCUUCAAAAAUCAUUCUAAAGAGUACUGCAUUCUUACUAUUUAAAAAUAUAUAAAGUACUCAUGGGAAUAUAUUAUUUAUCUAGUAUUGAAUAAUUAUAUUUUUGUUGCUAUUUCAAUGUUUUUCAUAUUAGUCUAUACAAAAAUUAUUUAUAACAUGAUAUGAAAAUGGAAAAAACAUAGAAGACAAAGGGUAAAAAGAAUACUCGACUGUCUAUUCUCCACAACUAUUUAUAUUGAAAGGUCAAUGAGUAGAGAUACAAUAAAAUUAAUACAAUCAUCAAGCUUGAAGCGUACGAAAUAAUCGACUUUUUUAAUAACAUUUUUUUAAUGAAUAAGAGAUUGUUCUUUUACGUAUUUUUUAGUCAUAUACUGGAAAUCGUUGGGAAAAAGGCUAUGCAGUGAUUUGUUAAGUUUAGUCUACUGUUUAACUUCUUAUAUUAAAUGAUUUUUGUUUCUGUGGAACUUACUUACUAUAUUGUUAAUCAGUAACUUCAUAUUCAAUAAUGAUCGUUUCUACGGAAUAUAUAUUUUUUAUCAUCUCUCCUGUAAUCUGUUUUUGCUUCAUCUCUUUCCUAGAAUUUUCCUUCUGUAGGAAUAAAAACUGCCGAACUUUGCAUAUUGAAAUAAUCUUUCGUUUCUAUGAAAUGUCCUUUUGAGGCCUCUCCCACCAUUUAAUUUUUCGUUUUGCUCAUCCACUGACUUCAUCCUUCCACCUUCGCCGUGGCCUUCCUUUUGGUAUUGCGCCCUGCAUAUCUAGGGCUCUUUUUGACAAUCUUUCGGUCUACAUUCUCAUGACCAGCCCAUCGACAUCCCUUAAGUUUAACGAAUUCUGAGAUCGGUGUCUCUUUGAACAGUUGAACAGUUGGUAGAGUUCAUGGUUGUAGCUGGAUCUCCAUAAUCCAUUUUCGGUAAUGGAUCCUUUCUUAGGACUUUUCUUUCAAAGACUUACAGCUUAAUUUUUGUAUUUUCUGUCAUCACCCAUGUCUCGCAUCCAGAACGUACUAUUUAUUGGUCCGGUAAUAGUUUAGUAGACUUUGAUUUUCGAUCUCCAAUAUGUGUUUUUAGAGCAGGACACACUAGAGAGAGAAAAUUAUUAUUCUCUCCUACCAUGGUUUAAUUCUUGUUCUUUUGUUAUGAACUACGGUAUUAACUCCUCAUACUGGAUAAUUAUCGUUUCUGCGAAAAAUAUCUUCUUUCAUUUUCUCUUUUGCUAUAUAUUUUUACUCUAACUCUCUUAUUAGAGCUUUCCCAUAUUUAUAGGAGCUAACCACUCAAUAUCUCUUCGUAUUAAAUGAAUCUCAUAUCUGUGAAAUAUAUGUUCUUCCAGAUCUUUUGAUGUCAUUUAUCGUUCUUCUAGUUUACUCACACAAAGGUAACUUUUCACAUCCUUGUAACUUUCACUAUGUAAAUUUUUAUUAAACUAUUACUACUUAUUCUACUACUACUAUUUUUUCAUAAAUCAGUUUCGUAUCUCUGAAGUGUAUAUCGCGACCUAAAAAAGUCAAACUAGUUGGCCAUGUUGUAUGCAAUCAGAAGCUAUUUCCGAAUCGACAUGCAUGGUAAUGUACAAAUACGUCUUUUCAUAGAUAAUAAUACACCAUUGACAAAAAUUUGGCUUACAGUCAAAUGGUUUAAGUUUUUCCUGGAAAUAUUUCGUUACACAAUGUUUUUGUUCCUCCCAUGAGUAUGUAUUAACAUUCCAAAAUAUUUUUAUAGAUAAUUGUAAAAGGUAUAUAAAUACUUAAUACUUUUUGACUGUGAUUUAUUUUACUUUUUUGUGUGGAUAUUUUUGAUUUUUUAUUUAGUUAAAAUUCAAAAAUAUUCGGUGUACCCAAUAGUAUAAGUCAAAAAAUAUUGUUCCGUUAGUAUCAUGUGUACCGAGGAGGUCUUAAGAUGUAUUCAGUUGAAAGACGCUUAAGCCUCGGUUUCCUCGAAAGCGGCACCGACAAACUGAGAACGUAACACUGCGAUGAAUGACGUCAUAGAAAACUGUACCAUGCAAAAUAAUAGCGGUGGUUUCCAAGGAUGCGUUGGAAGCCACCGCUUGCUGAGUUUGCACAUUCCAUUGGCGCAGUGAAGAACCUUAAAUUUUUCACCGUAAUCUGACGUAAUUCAUCGAAGUGUUACUGUCACAGUUUGUCGGUGCCGCUUUCGAGGAAACCCAGGCUUUAGUUACAGAGAUGCAGUGCACAACAUAGCUUUUAUGAUUUUUUAAAAUUUUUUUGUCAUAUAGUAUUUUCAAUUGUAUUAACAUAAAUAUAUUCAGUGGCAUUAGAAGUGUUACACCCAGAAGACAUAAUUUCUUGAACUUAAUUUUUUGGCGAUAUGAGUGGCAAAGACGUAUAAAGCACAGCCACCCUUGAAAAGGGAUAAACUAAGGAAGAAAAAUGAUGCAUUUUUUUGGUUCUUCAAGCAUAGUAUGCUGUUUAUUAUUAUAACAACUUAUUCACUUAAGAUGGCAGUAGGUAUCUAAACAUUUUUUACCUGUAAUAAAUGGCAACAUACGUAAAACGCUCCUGUGAUAUUUCGUCAUAAAAAGUACACAAGUUUUAAACAAAAAAAAAAAACAACCGAAAUUAAAAUGUAUAACAUUUUUAGCUGUGAAUGUAUAAUAGUAAAAGAUCUGAAAAAUGAUAAUUACUUGGUCAUUAAUAGGCGUUGAUUACCAUGACAAAAAAUUGCAUUUCCGUGUAUUGUUUAUUAAAAAAUGUCUUAAAAAUUAUUUUCCUCGUGGAAAUAUAAGGAACCGAAUACAUCUUUCGACCUCCGUAACAUAUAAGUCAACUAAAACGUACAAUGUUAACUAAAGUGGUUAUUUUUGUUUAUAUUUAUUAAAAUAAUUGUGCAAUAUGUUAUUGUUGCUCCUAAUCGAGUAUUACUAGCGUUAAUUAGAUUGUAUUUAUUAUUUAUUAAAUAAAAAUAUAGACAAGAA